AUGCUUGAAUUGUGGAUUAAACUGUGUUUUUUUGACUCCGUGCCGGCAGCUUGCUCACCUUGGGGGGCAGACAAAAAAUAUCACACUUCAUCUUUCUCUGCUAUCACGCCCUACCUGACAACUUGCCCUCCUUACGGUCUAUCAACUGAUCCCGAUCGCGUGGUCUACCGUCAAGAGUGUGAUGGCUACGAUAACCGGUAUCUCAACCCACCCGCCCAUGGAUCUCAGCCAAACAAUAUCCUCCUUCUCAUCCGAAAAGAGCUGGAAGCCAUUUUCUUUGAAGAAUCUGCCUCUGGUCUACGCCACGAAUCUCCGUUCAGGAUCGGCUGGCGUCAAGAUGGAACGAUGACAACCUUCAAUCAACUACAGCUCCCUAGAGAAGCCUUCACGCAGGACCACAAUCCUGGGGAAUUAAUUGAGUACUUGAAUAAAGAGAUCAUGAUCUACUUUCCAUGCGAAACAAUGCCACGUGGCCACCAGGAGGACAAGUUGGGCCGCUACUUGUAUCGCGAAUGGCUUCAAUUACACAACGGACGGCCGCCAUUUCAGCGUCAUAGCUUCUUUGCCAAGCCAGCAUACUUCGGAGAAAAUGGUCCCCGAAGCAUUGAGCAAAUUUCACUGUUUCACAAGACUCUUUGCAGUGGCAUAUCAGCUCGUCUCGACGACGCCGUUCGUUUCCGUUUCCGGGAAGCUCAACCUCCAGCAGGCAAAGCAGAUGCCCCACCAAUGUUUAACCCUACACCGAGCAAGAAGAUACGCUCUUGGCACGAUCAUGGUUUCGUUGUCAAACACAUUUUUCGGUCGCUAUUUAUCGUCAUAGAUGAUGAAGAAUUGGCGGUGAAUCGAGAUCUACCGGCACGUCGCGCCAAACGACCACAUGAAGACGCGGUUUGGUAUCUAGAAGAGUCCCAAGACCGGCGUUUAUCCCGGUACACAGCACUGCUGGUCAAGACAGGAGACGAAGCAAGUCUGCAUUCUCCCAUCGACUUUCAACCGCUAUUCGAAGCUGGGUUAGCACUCGAAGUCAACCGAGAUGAUUACACAGGCGCACCUGAGGAGGCUGUUGUGCGUGUCAAGCUUGACGUUGCGGAACAAGAGGCACUUGAAGAUGUUGGCCAAGCAGCCCAGGCACUGGUCGAGGAGCAACAGCAACUAUGUGACGUAUGGGUAGAAAACGUCAUGAGCCACGCUCAAAGGGUUGGAGUUGAAGAAAAUGGCUACACUUGGAUUGCUGCUCGCCGCGCUCGUGCAAGAAUAAACGGAGAGGCCUUUGAUGAGGAUCAAGUAAAGCCAUCGUGGGAGUAUUUGACACAUUGGGAUUUUUAA